AUGAGCAUGCCCGCCGCGGGCCAGAAGUUCGCCACCGACGACGCCAGCGUGUUCGGCUCGGCCGAGGAGGCCUCCGCCUGCGUCAAGCGCCUCUUGGCCAAGACCGGCACCAGCGUCGUGGAGGAGCACCGCGUCACCAGCAGCACCAAGAGCAGCACCACCUCCGCCAUCGACUACCUGCAGGACUCGUUCGACUUCCUGCACCAGCGCCACAUGAAGAACCUGUCCGACGUGAUCGCCCGCCACCAGCGCCAACAACAGCCGGCAGCGGGCCAGGAGGAACAGGUGCAGGCGGGGCUGAGUCAGCUCAGUCAGCAGCAGCAGCGCCACAAGAAGCAGGUGCACAUCCACCAGAGCGCCUUCUACGACGGCCUGGGCCAGAACGGCCUGAGCGACGCCACGAACGACAUGCAGCAGAACACGUUCAAGUCCACAAAGACCAUCAACCUGAGCAACAACAACAGCACCAGCAGCAACAGCAGCGUGGACCUGGACGACGCCAAGAUGCUGCAGCAGACACAGCAGCGGCGAUGCGCGCGCGAGAACUCCACGUCCAGCCUGCAGUCCCAGUCCUCGGUCUCCAGCGCGCGGUCCGAGAGCUUCGACAACUGCAACAACAACUUCUGCGACGCCGUGUCCUCCGUCAGCAACAAGUCCAACACCACCAAGAUUUCGUCCAAGUCGUCCACCAGUUCGUCCAGCACAUCGUCGACGUCGUCCUCCACCACGCGCAUGCAGCAGUCCUUCAGCUCCUCGAAGAAGGUGGUCAAGCAGUCCUUCUCCUCCAGCUCGCAGGACUUCGAGGACCGCAUGGGCAUCGACGUGAUGCUGACGCCAUCCCUCGGCGGCCCCGCCGCGCCAGGCACCCCCACCACGCCGAGCACCCCCGUCGGCACCGUGGCCCUGCCAGAGAUGGCCUCGGCCUCCACCAAGAAGGUCAAGCAGACCACCAAGGUAUCGUCCUCGUCGUCCAUGAUCUCCUCCAGCUCAGACCAGCCCGACCAGGUCGAGUGCAAGCAGAGCUCCAAGGUCUUCAAGGCCAAGACGGUCAAGAAGUCCGUCUCCGACGGCCGCCAGGUGCACACGGACGUGGACAAGUACUCCGAGACGGCGGAGGAGGAGGCGGAGGGCUCGCCGGACAAGCCCGUCAUCACCUUCAGCCACGUGUCCAGCGAGGGCAGCCACCAGGCCUUCACGGACAACAUCGUCCGCUUCGACUCCUCCACCCUGUCCUCGCCCAGCCGGUCGCGCAGCCCCAGCCCCCUGCUGGAGAUGCCCGCGCCCUACAACGACCUCGCCAAGGAGAUCAAGAGGCCCCCCAUGGAGAAGGCGUGA